AUGGAUCCACCACCCCCAGCAACCCGCUCUCAUCAACCUCUCAAAACCCUCUAUAUCCCCAUCAUCCUCCUCCGUCUCACCCUCCAAACCCUCUUAAAAUCCCUGCAACCCAAUCCCCACACGUCCCGUCCCUCCACUCACCCAACCCACAACCAAAUCCUCCGCACAACCCUCCUCCGUUCCCUCCUUCGCCAUACCUUCACCAUCCGAUAUCUUCCCUCUCCUCUCUCCCUCCUCCCAAACGCCGAAUACGAGCGUUUCGUCCUCAUACCACCUUCUCAUCAUCCCAAUCUUUACACUCUAGACUCAUCCUCCAUCCUCGCUAUACGACCCCACACCAUCAAACCCGUUACUAUCGGCGGGACAUUUUAUCCCUCGCCUCCACCACUUCCCUUGUCAUCUGAUAGCACUAUCAUAUUACAUUUUCACGGCGGAGCUUUCAUCUAUGGGAAUGGACGAACGAGAAGUAGCGGAAAAGUAGCGAAGAUAUUAGGCAGUCAUUUGGGAAAUUAUGUAUUUUUUCCUCAAUAUAGAUUAGCGGGUGGAAAGGGGGAAGACAAAGACAAAGACGAUUGCAAAAGAAGAUCAGGCGAAAGAGAAAAAGGUUAUUUUCCAGCAGCGUUACAAGAUGCAGUUACGGCAUAUAUGUGGUUAAUCGACGCAGUAGGAUUUGAAUCGAGGAAUAUUAUAAUAUCAGGAGAUGGAGCAGGAGGCAACAUAGCGAUAGGGUUAGUGAGAUGGCUAGAGGAAGUGAGGCUGGCUAGUACUAGUGCUAGUGCUAGUGCGGAAGCGAGGGGUGAUGCGGGGUCGGGUAUGUAUAUGCCGAUGGGGUGUACGCUCUGGAGUCCGUGUGUUGAUUUGGCGGGGUUGACGAGAGAGGGGAUUAAUGAGCAUGAGAAUUUUAAGACGGAUUAUAUGGAGGGACAGUUUAUGGAGUGGGCGGUGGCGGAAUAUCUGGGUCCGUACCCGCCGGAUGAUGGGGUGGGGAGUAGGGGGACGGCGGCUUCUUUGAAUAGGGAGCGAGAGAGGUUGAUUAAGGGUUCGUAUGUUUCGCCGCUAAGACAUCCGUUUAGGACGAGUGUGGCGAUGUGGAUAAUGGUGGGUAAGGGCGAAGUGUUGUAUGAUUCGAUAGUAGAGUUUGCGGAGAGAAUGGGAGGAGUUGAGGGGAAUAAAGUGGGGUUAUAUGAGGUGGAUAAUGCGCCGCAUAAUAUUUUGUUGAUGGGAAGCUGGCUGGGGUGGGAAGAGCAGGCGGAUGAGACGGCGAGGGAAGCGGGUGUGUGGAUGAGGAAGAAGGGGUGGAAGGGGAGUGGGAGUUGGGAGGAAAUGGGGAGUCUUGAGAGAAAGAGGAGAGCGAGGGAGGCGGAGGAAAGGGAGGGAAAUGAAGAUGGCAUAUUUGAUUGA